AUAUAAACACAAAAAGGUCCAAUAAAAAGAUAAAGAGAUACAUCCAAAGAAAAACAAAAGAGAGUUUCUUCCAAAAAUGGCAAUUAGGGUUCCCAACAAGUCUCUCCUCCUGGCACUUCUUCUCAUCUUCUUCAUCUCUUCUCCUGCCCAAGCACGAAGCAUUCGUGUAAUCGUGAGGAAGAGAACACUAUUGGUUGUGGAGAAGGAUCAAGAGGGUCGGAACUCAUGGCAAUACGGAGGAGGAAGUGAUGGUGAUGGAUUGGUUGAUAUGGAUUACAAUAGUGCUAACAAGAAAAGGCCGAUACACAAUCGCUAAGAAGCACAUAUAUGAUGACGAGCUUAUCAAUAUCUUGCGUGAUAUCCAGAGGUUCUAAGAUAUCCCGAGAUUUAUGUGAUAAAAUUGCUUUGAAGUAUUGAGAAUGUAAACUAUAUGUUACAUAAUAAACAUAUAAUAUAAUCGAGUUUGUAUGCAUAUGUGUACAGCCUAGCCUACCUCCAUAAAAAAGGGUUUAAUGUAAUAUCUCAUAGUUUGUGUGUUGUUUAUGUAUGGAUUGCAUCGUGAGUUUAUGUUUGCGAAUAAAUGUCAAUGGAUAUAAGUAUUUUAUGUGUAUAAA